UUCCGCAGAACAGGAACCCAGCUCUCACUCUGACCUUGUCACUUCGUUCUUUCCUCAUCCAUGCUUGUCUACAGACAUAAAUGUUGGUUAGCUGUCUCAGAUGUUGUGAGCAACUGGACAGGGUUAGGAUUCAGGGCGUGUUAAAAUGUUCUGGUGCGAGGAGUUAUUUGAAUUUUCUGUUCGUCCAGUACCAGGUUCCAGUUGAGUACCUAUUCCGCCAUGGCCGUUUUCCAGUGCAUGCAUUUUGAAAUGACGUUCUGAUUCUGUUUAAUUGCAUAGUAAAGAAACAACCGCACAGUUACUUGGAGGUGGAUGAGCUGAAGUUUAGGAUGAAUAUUUCUAAAAGAUGAUUGAGCGGAGCACGGGAGCGUUGCAAGAUCUCGGGUAGCAUUGGGAGAGAGCUGGGAUGCCGUCACCGACACCUCGAGCAGCACUGUAGCAUUCUCAACUCCACUUAAUGCAAAGCCUAUCGUUGAUUCGUCAACUGGCGCAACUUAGAAAGGGAACGUUACGUGUGUCGGCUGAUUUCGAAUGAAGCUGGUGUUUCGCAGAAGCAGCUCCUUGCUAGCUUGAGCGUUUGGGGUGAGGUUUCUGCGAAGAGUGAUCCAGUCGAGAUGAAGCCCUGCGGAUUUCAAGUCACCGAAAAGGACCCAAGAUUUCGGAGCGAUAGGUUUCGGUGGUAGAUUAUUUCGGAAGAUCCCUGGAGCUUGGGAAUUUUGAGCCAGGAAGGUUGUGGAGUGAUGAAUCAAUUCCAGUGGUUCGCAACAGGUUGCUGGAGCGCUUCGAAUUGGCACCCUUCGUUGGGAGAUUCAAGUAGGAAGAUGUGUUCGAAGGCAAAAGUGGCAUCCAUUCAAGGCACACGUUGAAGUGCGUCUUCUAAUGCUAACGUUCUUUGACGCUACAGUUUGAUAGAAUCGCUUUCAGAAAGACCAAGGGUCAGACUAUCUUUACGAUACAGCUGCGUACCAUUGCAAUUCAGAAGGAGCGUGUGAUUUGCCGAAAUCCAGUGGGAAAAAGUGUUCUGCAGGUGGGAGCUAGGUCGCUUGUAUGGCAGAAUAAGUAAACAACAGCCAGAAUGUUGCACUGGCGUGAUCCGAAGAUAGCUUGGUUUUUUCGAUUUCAAGCUUCAAAAGUAAUCAUGCAUUCCGAUCUAUGACGUUUGAACGAAACUGGUGCUGGUGUUACGAAAGUGCCACAUUAGAGGCAACCAUACAAAUCCAUUCUUCAGCUGGACAAGCCCUGACGCUCCACGCGCCAUCCUGGACCUGUAUUUAGGUGGCGGAUGGCGGUGAAGGACAAGAGAUGGAGCGCAGCAAAACUAAGAGAUGGAUUUCGAAGAAAUUACUGCUCCCGUUGUGGCACCGGACGUCAUGCCCAACAAGCCGUUGCUAAUACUAUCCGUAGUGCUUGGGUGGUUACUUGCUUGCGGCGUCGUCGCAAUACUAUGGAAGUGCUCUCUGAAGUCUUUAUAGGACGAGUUCUAUCUAAAGUGUGAGAAGCGGAAGGAGAUUCUGAAGUCACAAGUAGAGAACAAUCUGAACGCUUUGUUCGUAAUAAUCGGCCUGGUGGCGAAUCUGCCAGGUCUCAACGAGAUCACAUGGAACAAAUUCACUUCACAAACGUUAUUUCUCCUUCCUCAUGUGAAGAGGCUGGUUUACAUGGAGCGAGUGUUGCACAGCGACCGGCCAGCCUUCGAGAGGAAAUGGAAUGGUAGCAUCUCUUACCUCGAAGGCAAUGCUACAUUUCCGAGGGGCAUCGACACAGAGUAUGCCCCCAUCUUGUUUGGAGCGUCAGAUGUACCACAUAGAUUUCUGGAUCCGUCAAAUUAUCCAUUCCUCAAGUUUGCUAUCCAUGCUGCACGAGACACCGGUUUGUUCACGCUUUCGCCAGCAGCUGGAGGGCCACUGUCAUGGCAGAUGGGAGCUUAUCUUGCAUACUACGGGGCAGGUAGGGAAGGAUCUUCGUUCGCUUCCGUAGUAGAGCGUACGCAGGCAUGCCUCGGAUACGUGGGAAGAGUGGUAAAUAUAUCAGAAAUCUUCUCGAGGGUCCUUUCAAUGUUAGCCACAGUCACCAGUGAAAGAUAGUUCGUAGGGCUUAGAGUUAGACGUCGUUCUUUUCAUACUGUUCGCAUAUGAUGUGAUGAUUGACUUUGGUGAUGUGAAUUAAGUGUGCAUAGGGUCGUCCACAAUGUGGAAAUGGACAUGGUGGCUGAGUAUCUUGUGGAUUCCUCAGCAGAUAGAGACCCUAGUUACAAUUGCAGCGCAACGGGGACCGCUUGUGCAGUGGCCUCGUAUGACCCAGCCCAUAGAACCGUAAAUGCCUCGGCUGUGGCAGAGGUCCGGUGGAGUUAUGGGACGCCGCAAUUUGCGCUGCGCUGCGUACCCUAUUCUUCUCCAUCAUCGUCUUUCUUGUAUGUAAGUGAAUACAAGCUAUUGAGAGAGACGUCAGGGUUAUAGAGAAGAUGAAUGUCGAUCUCGAGGCUGCCAAACUUGCUGCGGAAGUGGCUGAUAAAGCCAAGUCAAACUUUUUGGCAACAGUUUCUCAUGAAAUCAGGACGCCCAUGAAUGGAGUAAUUGGAAUGGCCAAUUCGCUGAUGGGAACAAACUUGACACCUCAACAGCUAGAUUAUGUUAAAUUUGCACAAGCAAGUGGAAAUGCGCUUUUGUAUUUCAUCUUAAUCACUUUUGACAUCAGGCGUAGUUCAGUUCUGAGCUUAUCAUUAAUCGGAAUAUGCAUAUUAAACAUCCUUGAUAGACCCAGAAAGGAGAAUUCAGUGUUAAGCACCUUGCUAGAGACCCCAUCCUGUAAAUUAAAGGUUUUUCUAAGUGGUUGCAUGGUGCUUCUGUCAGUGCGAUCAUCAACGAUGUUCUGGAUUUGUCCAAGCUUGAGGCCGGGAAGAUGGAGCUUGAAAGUGUUCCUUUUAACCUCCGGAAACAAGUGGAUAGUGUUUUCACUUUGUUUGAUGAUAAAUUGCAUCAGAAGAAGCUUGAAGUCUUCAUGCUCGUCCACGAGCCUGUUCCAAACUUAAUCCUGGUCAAUCUUGUCAAUAAUGCCUUGAAGUUUACAAAAGAAGGGAGCAUCCUUGUUUCCGUUCGCGUGAUGGACCCUUAUUCGGAAAAGGACCACAAUGGUUCGAGUUCUGAACCUGUCGGCUUGGUGAGCUCAGAUCCAAAAGCGAAGGGGUCCAUACAGCUGUCCCAGGUACUGCCUAACGCGAGCUAUGGAUUGGAUUCCAGUAAAGUUUUAAGGGGCGGAGUUUUUAGAAGAGACGAAACAGACUUAGCAAGAGGCAAUACUGCUCCAAGGCUAAGCAUGCAUUCUGGAGACGAGGGGAAUACUAGAGAAGCCGUAGAAGCAUGGAGGGCCUGGAAAUUAACUACAAUGUCAGGUAUUGGUCUUCCUCGUCAUCUGCAGGACCGUUUGUUCCAACCCUUUUCGCAAGCUGAUAGCAGUACCUCCAGAGAGUAUGGUGGGACUGGCAUUGGCUUGUCAAUAUGUCAGAAAUUAAUCUACCUGAUGAAGGGGGCUCUCAUAGUGAAGAGCAACUCCGGGGAGGGGAGCGUUUUUGAGUUUACUCUUCCUUUGUCUGUUCCGGAGACGACCGAUGGAAAUUUAUGCAGCUGCGUGAAAACCUCAAUUGAGGAAAUGACGAAGUUGAAAGGGACACGGGUGGCUCUUGUUGACAACAACGAUGUCCGCCAGGAAGUUACAGCUAGCUAUUUGCGAUGCUUAGGCAUUGAUGUUGUUAAGUUUUCUGAGGACGCGUCAUCCACUUUGAACUUCUUACUAAAGGAUCAAAACCCAAAAGUGCAUGCAGUUAUGGUUGAUCUUAAAGGGCUGCUGCAUGAAUCUGCCGUGGAGUUGGCGUCUUCGAUUCGCCAGGUUCUAGGUUUCAAGACUCUUCCUGUGCUAGCGCUUUCAACGGGCCUCAGGCCUGCUAAUGAGAAGGAGCUCAAGGGUGCUGGGUUCCCCCACAUCAUCAACAAGCCACUUCGGUAUAAUACACUCGCUUCUGUUCUGUUGGAAACGGUCGGUGUACCAGCCAGAGCUCCCAUGAAGAAGAUGAACGUCGAUUCUAAAAUGAUGAGCGGCAAAAGACUCCUAGUGAUGGACAACAACAUGGUGAAUAGAAGAGUAGCAUCCUCAAUGCUUUUUCGAAAUGGCGCAACAGUCAAAAUUGUAAAUUGCGGUUUGGAUGCUGUGACAGCUGUGCAAAAUGUAUAAAAAAAAAAAAAAAAAAAAAAGAAAAAUAAGGCGAGGAGUUCGACUUGGUUUUGAUGGAUAUCCAGAUGCCGGAGGUAAUUAAACUUUUUGCCACUAUUUCCAUUAACUGCCCUGAAGGUUGUUUUGGGGUCGGCAUUAUCUUAGUGCUAGUUCCGUUCGGAAAGGGGGAGAUUAAAGCGUCCUGUCAGCUGAGUAACGGUGGGAUUUGCAAAAACACGGGUGGAUGGUUGGGAAGCCACACGGCGGAUACGACGAUGGGAAAUGGAGACUUGUAGCUUGUGCCAGAAUGCAGGCGGGGAUUUUUGUUCUCAUCAUCGGCUACCCACAGUUGCUGUGACAGCAGAUGUGAUUGUGAAGACACGAUCCAUGUGCUUUCCUUCGGGAAUGGACGACUAUAUAACGAAGACUGGUUUAUUGUUGCUGAUAAAGGAUCUCCUCGAUUGUCAUGAGCGAGAAACACCUCAAAGGUGUAUGAAACGAACAUUUUUAUCCAGCUUGGACUUUCCAGUGUACUGUAAUACUCAAAUCUGUAGGAGAAAUUUCGAAGAAAGACAUGAGAAAUACUGCAAUGGGGUUUCGUGCGAUCGAAGAUGUACGAAGCUGUUUCCAGAAUCUAUGUGCAAAUUAUGUUUCCAGGAUGGUAGAUAUGUGCACAGAGCUCAUGCGUGGGUGGUUUAGAGAUGCCACCCCCUGGUGUUGGAGGCUAACCCUAAACAGCUUCUGUAUUAAGCAUUACGCUUCCUAGAAAAUUAGACAAAUUAGACUAUUUCUAAAUUGCGAAAUUCCCUCCAUCUUAAACAAUGAUAAUAAUGUCAUCCAUUAUUAUAAAUUACAAUCUGUUCAUAACUA